AUGGCACCAACCAGCUCUGUGGAUAGCCUGAAACCUAAGCCCAGACCGCGGCCGAAAUCGCCGCCUGUCUUCCGCGAUCAACUUCGAACCUGGCGUGCCACGGCCGCACCUUCGAGGAACCCCCAGAAAUCCCAUCCUUCACGCCAGAAAAGGGGUCCGGAACAGUCCGAGUCGAACAACCGCGAGCCGCCGGGAUUGAAUCUCGAUGACCAGCCGCCUACGUCCGCGCAGGCGAGAUGGCAGACUCCACCAAUCUGCGAGAUUGACGCAGUCCUGGACCCCUUCUGCAGGUUCCCAGCGGAUUUGCCUGCAGAUGGUCGUCGACUAAUUCAUUUCUACAUUACCACGAUUGCCAAUAAGAUCUACGGAACCAAACGCAAUCCGGGCUUCAGCUCUGUGAGAGACGUCAGUUUCGUCGCGGCCUUGACCUCCCCAUUUACGUUGCAAUGGAUGGUGAUUUCGGCAGAGGCGUUGCUUAUGCGCUACAGAGGAGCGCCCGAACCGCCGUCUCUAUUUCGGCGCAAGGCCGUGGCGUACCUGGCUCUCCAGAAAUAUCUCGAAGACUUCUCGAGAGAAAAGGUCACAGAUGAAAUCGUCAGUGGCCUCAUCAUGGCCAUUAUUGCCGAGUCGCGCAUCGCAGGCCCGCAGGUCUCGAAUUUACAUCUGAAAGCCUAUGAAGCAGUCAUAAAAGUCGGGGGAGGCCUCAGGCAGGUGCUCGCUGCUUCCCCACGGCCAUUCGAUCAGAUGAGCCACUUUAUGCCCUAUUUGAUCUGUGAGCCCUUGGCGGACGCCUUGGUCUUUUCCGAAGAGUUCGAAGACCAGGCGAUGGACCUCCUCCGGAUCAUUGUAAAGGGCGAGAGUUCAGCUGAUCCGGCAGAGCUGAUUUUCACAGUAUCUCAUGAGAUCGCACGACCUCAAGUAUUGUUCCUGUCCCUGCGAGGAUCCCUGCCUCAGCAGAUCCGCCGCCUGCUACUGUUCAGUGUAAUUGCGCCAUACCUACGGGUUGACAUGUGGGAAGGGCGCCUUUAUGUCCAGAAAUCAUCGCACUUCCUUUCGCUCUUUCUACUGGUGUCCACGUUCUGGAAGCUGCGGCACGAUUACAGAUCGCAGACCGCAUUCUUCAGCAGCUUGUACCGCUUGUUCAUGAACAGCGCGACUCGCAACCAAGCGGGGUCCUGGUUGUUGACCGAGGAGGGAUUCUUCUGGGUCGUCGUCAAGGCCUGCUUUGAUGUGUACACCAAUUCGAGUGAUAGGGAGGUGAGGUUGAAGAAUUACAUUGAUUUUCUGGCCGAGGCAGUCUCUGCCCUGAAGCUAUUCAGGGUCACUUACGACAACGUUAGAAAAAGAAUGGCCAUUUACCUGUACCAGUGCCUCACAGGUGCAAGUGAUGGACCUGGUUGA